UAGACGCAGACGCAGACCAUCUUCCUCUCGAUGCCGCCUCCUUUCUUACACCUGACGUCCUCCCUGACCUCUAUAUAGACGGGCGCCGAGCGCGAGCUCGGCGGCACAUCACCCAGCCACUCCAGCGGUCCAGCCAGCCACAAGGCAGCUGCUUCAUGUGCACCUACACUACCUAGUCGCAGUCGGCACCUCUUCCUCCUUCGGCGACGCGAGCUGAGCGGUCCUGACGAGCAAGGCGCCAUGGCCAUCCGCGAGAGCUCCCAGAUGCCGGAACUGCUCCGGCUCCCUCUGCCGCCGCCGGCGACGACGGGGAGCCCGUACUCUGUGUGCUUGAGCGUGCCGGCGUCGCCGUCGGGGCUGCACCUCGGCGUGUGCGCGUCCGUCCGCAGCGUGGCGCCGGCUCCACAGCCACAGCCGGCAGAGGACCAGCAGCUGCUGCAGAACCAGGCGCGGUACCACUCGCAGCCGACGCUGACGAUCCGGACCGAGGAGCCGCCGCCGCUGCAGCGGGUGCGCACCGUGUCGCGCAGCGACAGCGCGCGCGACCGCCGCUUCGACCACUUCAAGACCUUCUCCGGCCGCCUGGAGCGGCAGCUGUCCAACCUCCGCGGGGUGGUGCCCGUGGACAUCGAGCCCGCCGGCGCCGACUCUACCUCGAACAAGAUCAUCUCCGAGGAGGAGACCGACGACGACGACGAGGUCCCCAGCGCGGACCGCUACUUCGCCGCCCUGGAGGGCCCCGAGCUGGAGACGCUGAGACCGACAGAGGUGUCGGCGCUGCCCGAGGACGAGACGUGGCCGUUCCUGCUGCGGUUCCCGAUCAACGCGUUCGGGAUGUGCCUGGGCGUGAGCAGCCAGGCCAUGCUGUGGAAGACGCUGCAGUCGGAGCCGUCCACGGCGUUCCUCCACGUGAGCCCCGCCGUGAACCACGUGCUCUGGUGGGUCUCCGCCUCGCUUAUGGCGCUCGUCUCCUUCAUCUACCUCUUCAAGGUCGUGUUCUACUUCGAGGCGGUCCGGCGCGAGUUCCACCACCCGAUCCGCGUCAACUUCUUCUUCGCGCCGUGGAUCGCCUGCCUCUUCCUCGUCAAGGGCCUGCCGCACCCGGUGUGGACCAUCCACCACGUGGUGUGGUACAUCCUCAUGGCGCCCAUCUUCCUCCUCGACCUCAAGAUCUACGGCCAGUGGAUGUCCGGCGGCGCCCGGCGGCUGUCCAAGGUGGCCAACCCGACCAACCACCUCGCCGUCGUGGGCAACUUCGUGGGCGCGCUGCUGGGCGCCAAGAUGGGGCUUCGCGAGGUGCCCAUCUUCUUCUUCGCCGUCGGGGUGGUGCACUACCUGGUGCUGUUCGUGACUCUGUACCAGAGGCUCCCCAGCAACGCGCAGCUCCCCAGGGAGCUCCACCCGGUGUUCUUCCUCUUCAUCGCCGCGCCCAGUGUCGCGUCCGUCGGCUGGGCAAGGCUGUGCGGCGACUUCAACUACGCCGCCAAGAUCUUAUACUUCACCUCCCUCUUCCUCUACAUGUCACUGGUGGUGCGUCUCAACCUGUUCCGAGGCGUCCGUUUCUCGCUGGCAUGGUGGGCGUACACGUUUCCGAUGACGAGCGUGGCCAUUGCGACGGCCGUGUACGCGUCGGCGGUGACCAACGUGAUCACCCGGGCGCUGGCCGUGGGGCUGUCCGUUGUGGCGACAGUCACCGUCGCCGGCGUGCUGGUGACCACCAUGUACCGCGCGUUCGUGUGCAAGGACCUGUUCCCCAACGACGUGUCCAUCGCCGUCACGCAGCGGCCUAAGGCCAAGUUCGGCAAGAUCCUCGCGCACAUCCGCGCCUCCGGCGACGGCGUCAAGGACCUCGUCCUCGCCGUCUCCAGGCACGGUGGCUCCCCCGGAUCAGACACCAACGGCACCAGCGAUCCGUCGUCGCCCGUGGCGCAUGGCCGCGGCGAAGCAGAGCCGUAGCUAGGGCACCACACCGGACACUGCACCUGGCGAUCUCCAAAACAGUUGCUAUCAUAUCUACUUGUAUGCACAGACUUCGGCUAGAUGAAUAGUUUCUCUUAGAUCUUGCUAUUUUGCUUGGAACUUAACUUUUCAUAACUUUCAUAAUUGGUUAUAUAGAUCUCACACACAGUAGAGGAUAAUAACUUGUGAACCUUUAUACGUCAAUUAAUCAUGCAUGAUUGAUUGAGCUCUUUGUAAAUCUUUGGACACUGCACUGUUUGUCAUUCUUGUCACAAACACUCCACAUGUGUCUUGCCGAUUGCAUGCUUUGGGGUAUCGCCAUUUUGGCAACCACGCUAAACUUCAGAUUUUGGUAUGCA